GGGUGUGUGUGUUCCCGGUGUCUCGUUUCCUGUGACUUUGGGUGUCAGCCAGUGUGAGAGCGUCAGCCAAUGCGAUGGCGGCGCGGUCAGCAGUAGUGGGGCUUUUCCUCGCCCUUUCGUCGCUGCACUCAGCACGCGGCGCCAUGUCCCCCUUCCUCGCCUCCUUCAGCUCCAAGCUCCUCGCUCCGGGCGUGUCGCCGCUCGUAGCCUCGCCCUUCGCUAUGCCCGUGAAGGACCCCGCAUGCGGCGACCUACCGCUGGGACAGUGCCAGCUGCGGACGGCCAAGUGCAAGGACAUCAAGAGCCUCGCUCAGGGGACGUCGGGGCCAGUCAAGGACAUCAUGGACUGCGCGACGCUCCUCGGGAUUCCGAAGAUGAUGGUCAUCGGCGUCCUGCCGCAGGCCUUCGGCGAGGGCAAGCCAGAGACGAUCGUGGACCGCGUGAUGCCCAACAACACUGAGGCUUCGUCAGAGCUGCGUCGGUGCGUGAUGCAGGCGGGAGGGAUGCUGACCCUGAACGGAACCCUGAACCGCGCUGCCCUCCAGUUCAAGCUCACAAGCACGAUGAUGCAUCCGCUAGUCAAGGAUGUGGUGAGCACAGCCCUCACCACGUGCCCUGACCCUGAUGAUUAUAAGAUUUCCGACUUCCUGACGUGUCUCCGGAGCGAAUGCAUACAUAACAUGCCUGAGAGUGUCGCCGCCAUGCCAGACUGGAGUCUUUUAACGGGAGGCGGUGGUGGUGAUGAUGAUGAUGAUGAUAAGGAAAAAGAUAAGAAAUGCAAGAAGGGGAAGAAAUGCAAGAAACAUUGAGUUUGCACGACGAGGCUGUCGAGAGCGGCUUGGGAUUUUAUGUUUAAGAAGAAGGAAGGAAGGAAGGAAGGAAGGAAGGAAGGAAGGAGGAAGGAGGAAGGAGGAAGGAGGAAGGACGAGGAGGAAGAGGAAGAUAACUCGGCGUGGAGAUAUUUUUUUUAUUUUUUUUUUCUUUCUUGAGAUGCUUUAAGAAGGGAAAAAAUGGUUUAAGAAAAGAAGUCUUUGUGUGGUGCUGUUUUUUUUUUUUAUUAUAUACAUUGUUUGUCUUGGAACGAUAUUGCUGUUGUUGUUAUUAUUACCAUUAUUAGUUUUA